AAAUCGAGCAGACCAAACAAAGUCAGAGAAUGCUGUACCCUGCACCCCUUCCUUGCCUACCUUCUCCAGAUGACCUUACCCACCAAUCUAUGCCUCUCUUAUUUUCAAACAUUUUUUUUUACUUGGCUUUUUCCUCUGUCAACCACCAACAAAGUUUUGGCUCCUCCCUUUAAAAAAGAAGAAAAAAAGCUACUUCCCCUGCCUUCCCCAUGCUGCACCCCCCUAUCUCCCAAUUCUCUGACAAGACUCCUUCUUGACUCUUUUCCUUUUCUAAGCCCCUAAAAUUUUAAGUUCCAUUACCUCCUCCAUUCUAAAUCCAGUUACAAUUUUUGGUCUUGAUCUUUCGCAACACUGCUGAAUUUAACACACCCUUCUAGAAACUCUCUUCAAGAAGACCGCGUGUAGCUUCUUCUCUCCUUUCCUGCUCCUACUGGGUCCUUCACCAUUUCUCUCUUCAUAAAUGUCCCAAGUUUCCUUCUAAUAAGCUGGGUCCUGGUUCCCUUACCUCUAACACGUUUCUGACCGCGCUCUGACCACUUGCCUGCUCAGGGCUCAAGCUGGAAACGCGGUCUCACUCCAGGCAGAGCUACAGCCGAGCCUCGGGCGUUGAACAGGAGCGCAAUUUCAAGUCUGGAAGAGGGCAGGGUCUUAGACUGCUGAGAAAGUUUGGUCCUCAGCGGCCGCCGUCCUAGGGCGGAUCGGGAGGAAGGUCGAGGAUCUGGAGUUGUGGAACCUGGUUCCGGAACUUGGCUGGAAAUGGAGUUCGACUGCGACAGUCUGAGACGGCUGCUUGGCAAGUACAAGUUCAGAGAUCUAACUGUGGAAGAACUGAAGAAUGUCAAUAUGUUUUACCCACAUUUCAGAUAUUCUGUGGACACCUAUAUUUUUAAAGAUAGUUCCCAGAAAGACCUGCUGAAUUUUACUGGCACUAUUCCUGUGAUGUAUCAGGGUAAUACAUAUAACAUACCAAUUCGUUUAUGGAUUUUGGAUUCUCACCCUUUUGCUCCACCCAUUUGCUUCUUGAAGCCAACUGCAAAUAUGGGAAUCUCAGUUGGAAAACACGUGGAUGCUCAAGGCAGGAUAUACUUGCCCUAUCUCCAAAACUGGAGCCAUCCUAAAUCUGUCAUUGUUGGAUUAAUUAAAGAAAUGAUCGCCAAGUUUCAAGAAGAACUUCCCCUGUAUUCUCUAUCGUCAUCUGAUGAGGCACGGCAGGUAGACUUGCUAGCCUAUAUUGCAAAAAUCACUGAAGGUGUCUCAGACAUAAAUUCAAGGAGCUGGGCAAAUCAUGAAACUAAAACAGUUAAUAAAAUUACUGUGGUUGGAGGUGGAGAGUUGGGCAUUGCCUGCACAUUAGCAAUUUUAGCAAAGGGCAUUGCAGACAGGCUGGUCCUCUUAGACCUCUCAGAAGGGACUAAAGGAGGGACGAUGGACCUUGAAAUCUUCAACCUGCCUAAUGUGGAGAUCAGCAAAGAUUUGUCUGCGUCUGCUCGUUCCAAGGUGGUGAUCCUCACAGUCAAUUCUCUGGGUAGUUCUCAGUCCUACCUUGAUGUGGUGCAGAGCAAUGUGGAUAUGUUUAGAGCCCUUGUCCCAGCUCUGGGACAUUACAGUCAACAUGGUGUCCUGCUCGUCGCAUCUCAACCAGUGGAAAUCAUGACCUAUGUGACAUGGAAGCUGAGUGCAUUUCCUGAAAAUCGAGUGAUUGGAAUUGGAUGUAAUCUAGAUUCACAGAGAUUACAAUAUAUUAUUACAAAUGUUUUGAAAGCACAGACUUCAGGAAAAGAAGUAUGGGUUAUUGGUGAGCAAGGAGAAGACAAAGUGCUCACAUGGGGUGGCCAAGAAGAAGCAAUGAGUCAUAACUCUAAGGUGCAGCUGUCCAACAGAGCCAUGGAACUGUUAAGAGUAAAAGGUCAAAGAUCCUGGUCUGUCGGACUGUCGGUAGCUGACCUGGUUGACAGUAUUGUGAACAAUAAAAAGAAAGUGCAUUCUGUAUCAGUUUUAGCAAAGGGAUAUUAUGCUAUAAAUAGUGAAGUGUUUUUAAGUUUGCCUUGUAUCCUUGGAAGCAAUGGUGUAUCAGAAGUCAUCAAAACCACAGUGAAAGAAGAUACAGUGACUGAGAAACUCCAAAGCAGUGCAUCAUCAGUCCAUGGUGUCCAGCAGCAGUUAAAACUUUGAUCCUAAAGUGCAGAGUUACCUAAAAGGUCAUCUAAUUUUGCCAACAAAUAUAGGGUUAAGAACUUCUGUGUCUUAUUCUUACAGACUGCUUGGUGAAGGUAGAUAGCUUUUUCGUUAGCUUUGUAAUUUGAAUCCUUAGAGAGAGGUAGAGAUGGAGAUUAAAAAAAAUGUAAUUUUCUUUGGUGUUCUCAAGAUCUGUAUACCAUUCUUUAAACCUACAGCUGUGAUGAACAUUCGUCUGCAAUGUUUAUCAUUUUAAACUGUGUCCCCUAAACUAGAAGCACAUUCAGCACAUUGGGAAUACUUUGAAAGUGAUACAUCUUUAAAAGAAAAUUAUUCUUUGGCUUUUAUAAUAAAAACACUAAUAGCUAAAGGCUCAGUAUGGAUUUACAAAGUCCAUGCUAAGUGUACAUUCAAAGGAUCCAUAGCUUAAGGUAAGAUAUGAAUGUUUCUUCUUUAAAAUGUAGUUGGUAUUAAUGGUAAAGCAUUUUAUUUCCUUCUUCAAAUUAAUUAGCUACCAAAAAUGGAAAAGAAUUUUACAUGCACUUUAAAUAGUGAAAGGGAAGGUGAAAUUUCUAAAUAUAUAAAGACAAAGUAUACUUUAAUUUCUAGUGAAACUGUCCUUUCUGAAAUUUUCUGUAACCUCUUCCUGGCUAUGUAAGUUUUCCAACAUUUCAUAAACUAACUGAUGAUAAACUAGAACUGUAGGGAAAUGUGUUUUUAAUAGUAAUAGAUUAUAAAUGAAAGCCAAGCAGUUUACUUUAAAGCCAAAAGUAUGAGGCAUUCAUGAACACAAUUGGUCUUAUGGGAGAGAGGUUGAAUUAACUGAUUGAUGGUUCUGAGCAAACCCUUUAAUCAUUCCUGAAGAAUUGGUUCAGAGUGCGUACCCUUUGGUGAUGGGUCAAUAGCAAUAUCUUCAUAAGUGAAAGAUAGCAUAUUAUUCCUAUUGUAACAGGCAACUAAUAUUAACAGCUAACAUCAACACUUUUUAUAUAUCAGGCAGUGUCAUGAGCACUUUUAUUUUAUUGAAUCCUUAAUAACCCAAUGAGGUGUAGUGUCUAUUAUCCUCAUUUUAUAGAGGAGGAAAUUGAAGUUUUAAGUUCCCAAGAUUUCAUGGCUAUUAAGUGGCACUUAUUCAUACAACCUGUACUUUUUCUAGGCACUAAAGGAGGGAAAAGGCCUAACAGCUAGAAUAGUUAUCACCGGACAAUAAAGCUGGGGUUCUGUAUAAGUGGAAGAAUUGCUUUCAUUCUUACACAGGGGUUUACUUUUUUUUUUUUUUUUUUCCUUUUUUUAACAUAGUUUUUUGAAAGAUUGAUUCCCUGGCUUCCCAGACUUGGGAAAUAGCAGAGAGGUUAUGCACUGAGGUAGGCAUUUAUUUAGUCAUUCACUAGGCACCAUAGCAGGCACUGCAGACACAAUGUUGAAUAAACCUGGACAAGGUACAAGACCUCAUGGCCCUUACAUUCUAGUAUGGGAAACACAGUAAUCAAAUAAUCUCACAAAUAAAUAUACAAUAGCAAAUGUAGUUAAGUACUGUGAAGUACAACAUGCUUUGAAAGCAUAUAAUAGGGAAAUCCAAAAGUGGUCAGGGAGACAGUAGCCAGAUGGUUUAUAAGGGCAGGCGCAUCCUAGGUAGAAAGGAAACAAACCAGUGUUGAGUCAGUAUAAUAAUGGAUGUUUAUAAGGAUGAGCUUAAAUCAUAAAGAAAAGGUUAUAUUCAGUAUCACGUGUUUAAGAAAGUAGAGUAUUUAAUAUACUUGAGAAGAUUUCUACCAAAAAUGACUAGGAUAAAAAUCUUGUAUAUUUGAAGAGGUAAGCAUUAGUUAUAUGUAAUUUCACUACACAGGUCAUUUUGGUGUUACUGUAACAGUGUAUCCUCACUAUCCUUUUGUAUGAAAUAGGAAAGUAAAACUGAACCAUUUCUUGUAUUUUUUUAAACUAGCCUUUUCUAAUAUCUAACCUAACUGCAACAUACUGUAUAAUAGAUGAAUUACCAAGAAUUCACUAAUUAUAAAAGGAACACAUCAAUACAACAGAUACUUAUUGAGCAUCUUCUGUUGUUGCAAGUAUUAUGUUAGAAUUUGAGUAUUCAAAGAUGAAUAAUAUAGUCUUUGCCCUCUGGAAGCCCAAAAUAUAGAAUUCUCUGUAUCAUAUAUUUCCUUGAGUAUUGAGCAUUAGCAAACAUGUUGUAAGUCCCCUGUUUAAGUCAAGAAGCAGUGCCACCACCACCACUACUCCCCUAUGAUUUGGUGAUACUAUGGCAUUCAUGAUGCUUCUAUUAACUUUUAAUUUCUUCAUUUUUUCCAGAAUCAUGUGGUGCCUCUUACGAUUUUUUUAGUGCUUCUUUGAUAUUAUAGCAGAAGAUAAAUCUGUUAUGUUUCUGUUUACACUGUAGUUUUCCUUAAAUUAGAAGAAUAAUGAGUAAAAUAAACCUUGACUUUAAAUCACCUGGUGAUGCCUAAUUUAUUAAGUGGACAGAAAUUUGUUUAGUUUGAGGAGAGGUUCU